AUGGAUAAUCCACCUCGAAACAGACCCAGUGGGGUUAGCAACAUCAGUAAAGGGAAUCUGAGUCGUGUUGAGCAAUUUGAAAAUGAGAAGACGCGAAUAAUUGAGAGCUGCUUUUCAAAAAGAGAGGAGGACGGGUCAAGUACACCCACCUCGAGCUUUUCUGAAUCAUAUAUUACUCAUUUGAGAAUAGAAGAGGAUGCAGCAUUUCCCUCAUCCCCGGCCCCACCAAACGCUAACCCAGACUCGAAGAAAUAUCGCACAAUCGUCGUCGCUGUACGAAAAACUGGACGGGUACGCGUGCACAAGGCGAGAGAAAACGCGAAUGGAACCUUUUCAAUCGGUAAAACGUGGAUACUUGACGAUUUAACGGCAGUACAGUCAUACACUGGCUCAGCGCCCUCCGGUGGAGACUCAGAGCAACACAAGCUAUGGGCAGGAAACACAGGAUUCACUGUUACUUUAGGCAAACCUUAUUAUUGGAAGGCGAACUCUCAAAAAGAAAAACAAUUUUUCAUUGCGAGUUUAGUUAAAAUUUAUCAUAAGUACACAGGAGGUAGUCUACCAGAUAUGAUUGGCUUUGACCAAAAGGAAAGAGACCAGCUAUCAGGGAUCGCCACUCCCUCACGUCCCCCACCCAUAUCGACCCAAAGUUUCUCGCAAGGUCAGCUACAAACCCGGGAUACACGGCAGAAUCUAUCACAGCGAAACGAUAAUAACGAAAAUCCCGGGCAAGCCACACCAACAUCACCAAAUGGAAAGCUGCCGGUGAGCAAGAACCAGACAAGGUUACAACCCGGUCCCACGAGUAGUGGCUCAAAUUCUAGUUACCAGUUAUCAGGCUCUUCUCGUCUACCACCUUCAUUCAAAAGAUUACCCUCCAACCAAAGUCAGCGAUCCUUCAAUCAAAAUGAGGAGGAGAACAUCGAGUCUACAUCGCGAGCCAAUCAGGACGAGUCCUCAGACACCGCUGAAAAAUCCCCUAACCCUCAAUUAAGAGCCAACGCACAAGGUAUUCCUACUUCGGAUAGUACCCCAUUUAGAGGAAGAAGUGCAGGCGAGGCUCAAGCUGAUUCGCCGCAAAUGCCUGCGCCUUUAUCAAUAAACUCAGAGGUACGUAGACCUUCAAUAUCAGCUAUGAAUAAUUCACGUGAAAAUUUACCAAAUUCAAACGAAAAUAUUUCUGCUGCUACUCUUUCUAGCCCAACGCUCAGAAAAGAAGAAAAAUACCAUGUCUCAAGGAAUGAGAAAACGCAUUCAACUGGACCCAGCGCUUCAAAUACCUCGUUAAUUUUAACAGAUAAUGCUAGUACAUCCUCACCGAAAAAAGGAGAUGCUUUUAAGUCAAGCACGAAUAAGGUCUCAAAUCAAUCGCAAAGCUCCUCGAUAACGACCGAAAUACCCUUGCAAGGAGAAUACCGUUCUGGGAUUAGCUCUAAUAUAUUUAAAUCUAAAUCUAAAUCUAAAUCUGACGAUUCCGGAAUUUUUAGCGGUGCCGCAACCGCUAUCAGUAACUUGAAGCCUCGAAUCGGAGGGACUGCAGAUCAGACCAAAGACUCAAAGCAAAAGCUCUCUGAUACCAUUGAAGGUUACACAGGUGCUGGACCUAUAUCAGGAUUUCUUCGUCUACCUGGUUAUGGUAAUUUGCUCUCAAAAUCACCGAAGGUUCCUGACCCAAAACCACGAGUUGACGAAGAAAUUCCUGAGAUAAGGCUCAAUACUGCACCAUCCAAACUAGUUAGUGAGGAAUUACCACCGACUCCCAGUGACACAGACUCUCACGAAAAUUCUCAUUUCCUCGAAAACAAGAAAUCCAAGGCGCCCACAGAAAAGAUAGCCAAAGACCUAGCUACCAUAGGUGUGGAUCCUAUUAUUCUAGGUGGGCGUGGUGGUGACUUAAUAUGUGCAUGGGAACAAUUUGGUUGGUCUGGCGAAGGAAUGCGAACGAAGAGUGUUGAUCGCAUGAAGGAAAAAGUUGAACGUGAGCUUUGUCGAAUCCAGGCAGGAGGCUGGCUUAGUCGACUUGAGGAAGAAGACGAACGAAUCGAAGCAAUAAAAACUGGAUUUAAUAAAGUAAUCAACGAAUGUGAUGAGCUUGAUGGCCUCUUAACAUUGUAUUUAGUAGAACUCGGCACCUUGAAUGAAGAUGUUGCAUACAUCGAAGCACAAUCCCAGGGAUUACAAGUUCACACUGCGAAUCAGAAACUUCUUCAAACUGAAGUUCAAUCUCUCCUACAAACUAUCUCUAUAUCAUCCAAGCAGCUCGAAAGCUUACGAGAGUCAUCUCUAGAGUCUAAUCGUGGUCUCAGCGAUAUAGAAACCUCCUUAGUAAUUCUUUACAAAGCUAUGUUAACUAUUGAUCCCUCUUUGGGUAUAUCUGGUCCCAAACGCAGUGAGGAUGGUAGUGCGAAUUCUGAAAAACCUGGUGUCUAUGGAAAUAAUGAAAUCGGUAGCAUGCAGGUACUUCAAGAAAAGAAGGAAGUUUAUAGGAAUGAAAUCGCAGUUUUCAUGCGUCGACUCAAGCCAUUUCUUGAGGUUAAAUUUUCCGCUGCAUUUGAUCAAGUCCGCCACACAUUAGAAAAAGAAAAAUCUAAUAGUCUCGCUAGAUCACCUGGAAGGACAAAACUUGAUACCACUAAACACGAACUAGCACGCAACUUACUUUGGAAGUACGCCCCACUAAUGCUUUUUGCGCGUGAGGUAGAUCGAAAAGAGUGGGAAAAUCUGAUCAAGAUGUACGAAAGUGUCUCGAGACCAGUCUAUCAAGAGGAGUUCCAAGUUGCUAUUGUGGCGUCUAAAUUUGCGGCCAGAAAAUUUAUUGGGGAGGAAACUGAUGUAAUAUUCACAUCUCAAGUUGAGAAACAAGCCGAAGGUCUUGCUUCAACUGCUCGCAAAUUAACCGUGAAGAAAAGCCAAAAUUUGGCAAAGAGCUUACGGCCUCCAAUUGGUGACAACAACACGAAAACCUCAUUCGAUAAAAGUCUCGGCGUGGAGCCAUACGAGGUCACUGAGGAAGCAAUAUCAAAGAUGGUUUCUGUUAUAAGUAUGGAACAGAAUUUCUUUGUCGAUUUCUUUCACGUAACCUCACUUGAGCAGUAUGACUUCCUAGAUACUAUCGCAGCUUCAGCUCCAGACGAUAGACGCGGUAUUGAUAUAAGAAGGCCUCGUGUAAUGGAUCCUAAUCGAGACAUGGCUAUGCUUGUCGUUCAGUCGAUGGAGGAAAUUUAUUCUUUUUUUCCAAAAGAAAUAGCAGGUUUGGUAGAUUGGAGUCUUCAGUCUGAUCCAUUACAAAGUGUAGGAAUUAUUGCGGCACUAGAACGGAAGAUACCUGAAUAUGAGGAGACCAAUCAAGAAUAUUUAAACCGAACACUCCAGAAGCUGCACACUCAAUUAAUUGGCACGUUCAUCAAAUUUCUUGAUGAUCAAAUCCGUGUCAUUGAAGAGACGAAAGUUAAAAUCAAAAAGCGAAAAGGAGUGAUCGGAUUCAUCCGGACUUUCCCGGCAUUUUCCAAUGCACUUGAACGAAAGUUAAUUGCAGCUAAUGGGCUUGAAAUCAGAAGUACAAUCAAUAAUGCGUAUUCCCGUAUCAACAAAGCCAUGUUCGAAGCACUUAAAGUCAUCGCUAGAGAUAACCCAAGCGCACAGAUUGCCGUAUCAGACCCAGCUGAUAAAGAAGCACUGAAUUAUGAGAUUCUACUGAUGCAGAAUAUGCACCAUUAUAUUGAAGAAGUUGAUACUCGCAUGAAUCAAGUUCUUGAGGAAUGGAAACAGAAUGCAAUCAACGAAAUGGAUGAACACAUGACCUUAUACUUGGGUGCCGUAAUUCGGCGACCACUUGGUAAGUUACUUACUUUUCUCGAAAGCGCGGAAAGUAUGAUGCUUUCUCGGCAACCAGGAGAACAAAUAUCGAAAAUAUCUGGUAUGCCGAGUCAUUCCGAGUCUACCUUUAAGAAGGUGCUCGCUGAUUACGACUCUAAGGAGAUAAAGCGUGGUAUUGAAUCUCUUAAGAAGCGAGUUGAAAAACAUUUUGGAGAAGAGCAUGAUGCAGGAACCGCUAGUGGAAAUAGUCUUGUUGUCAGGGUACUUCAGGGCUGUGAGAAAUAUUACGAAGACGUCGAAGGCCGGAUACUGACAAUUAGCCGAGAUGUCUAUAACGGAGCAAUCGCGGCAGAGUGGACAAGAGCAGACGUAUCAGCGGCUUUUAAGAAAUAA